GAGAGACUCGAUUGCGAGACAGCCUCUCGAGCACCCGGUUUCCGCUGUGCUUUUUUCUUCUUUUUUGUGCUUAUUGCUGAUUCGCCGAGUCGGGCCUCGGAAUCCGUCUCUACCGACCUGCUGAGCGACCUCAAGAAGAAGACAGCAGCGCAUCAUCGCCCUGUUGCCGCUGCAGCACCGGCCGCCAUGGCGGAACUGGACACGUUGGACAUCCUGGUCCUGAGCGUCAUCCUGCUGGGAACCGUCGCCUACUUCACAAAGGGCACGCUAUGGGCCAAGCAGAAGGAUCCCUACGCCAACCCGGCGUACCUCAACGGCAAUGCCAACCGGGUCGGGCGGACGCGCAACUUUGUCGAGAAGAUGGAGGAGUCCGGCAAGAACUGCAUCAUCUUCUACGGCUCGCAGACCGGCACCGCUGAGGACUACGCCUCCCGCCUGGCAAAGGAGGGCAAGAGCCGCUUCGGCCUCGAGACCAUGGUCGCCGACCUCGAGGACUACGACUUCGACAUCAUGGACACGCUGCCCUCGGACAAGAUCGCCUUCUUCGUUCUGGCCACGUACGGCGAGGGCGAGCCGACGGACAACGCCGUCGAGUUCUACGAGUUCCUCAACGGAGAGGACGUCGCCUUCUCGCAGGGCGGCGGCGCCGAGGACGCUCCCCUCGACAACCUCCACUACGUCGCUUUCGGUCUCGGUAACAACACCUACGAACACUACAACUCCAUGGUGAGGGACGUCGACAGGCUCCUGACCAAGUACGGCGCUCAUCGCAUUGGCAACGCUGGCGAAGGCGACGACGGCGCGGGCACCAUGGAAGAGGACUUCUUGGCCUGGAAGGAACCCAUGUGGGCUGCUCUGGCUGCUCACAUGGGCCUCGAGGAGCGCGAGGCUGUCUACGAACCCGUCUUUGGCAUUGUGGAACGCGAGGGCCUGACUCCUGAGUCCCCCGAAGUCUACCUCGGCGAGCCCAACAAGAUGCACCUCGAGGGCGCCUCCAAGGGUCCCUUCAACGCCCACAACCCGUACAUUGCCCCCAUUGUCGAAUCCUACGAGCUGUUCAAGGUCAAGGACAGGAACUGCAUCCACCUCGACAUUGACAUCAGCGGCUCUACCCUCUCGUACACCACCGGCGACCACAUUGCCAUCUGGCCCACCAACCCCGGCGACGAGGUUGAUCGAUUCCUGCGCAUCACGGGCCUUAUCGACAAGCGCAACCAGGUCAUCACCGUCAAGGCUCUCGAGCCCACUGCCAAGGUUCCCUUCCCCACGCCCACCACCUACGACGCCAUCAUCCGGUACCAUUUGGAAAUCGGUGCUCCCGUCUCCCGUCAGUUCGUGUCCACUCUCGCUGCGUUCGCUCCCAACGAGGAAAUCAAGAACGAGAUGACCCGGCUUGGUAGCGACAAGGACUACUUCCACGAGAAGACCGCCUCCCAGCUCCUCAACAUCGCCCGCCUCCUGGAACACGUUAGCAACGGACAGACUUGGGAUAAGAUCCCCUUCUCUGCGUUCAUCGAAGGCCUGAACAAGCUGCAGUUCCGGUACUACUCCAUCUCGUCCUCGUCUCUCGUCCAGCCCAAGAAGGUUUCCGUCACCGCCGUCGUCGAGUCGGCCAUGGUCGUCGGCCGAAAGGACCCGUUCCGCGGCAUCGCCACCAACUACCUGCUCGCUCUCAAGCAGAAGCAGAAUGGAGACCCCGACCCGUCGCCCUUUGGUCUGACCUACGAGCUGCACGGCCCCCGCAACAAGUACGAUGGCAUCCACGUCCCGGUUCACAUCCGCCACUCCAACUUCAAGCUGCCUUCCGACCCCGCCAAGCCCAUCAUCAUGGUCGGCCCCGGAACCGGUGUUGCCCCUUUCCGAGGCUUCGUCCAGGAGCGUGCUCAGCAGGCGCGCGACGGCAUCAACGUUGGUCGUACCAUUCUGUUUUUCGGCUGCCGUAAGAGGACUGAGGACUUUAUGUACGAAGCCGAAUUUGAAGAGUACAAAAAGGCUCUUGGCGACAAGUUCGAACUGGUCACUGCCUUUUCCCGCGAGACUUCCCAAAAGGUCUACGUCCAGCACCGCCUCAAGGAGCGAUCCGCCGAGAUCGGCGAGCUGCUCGCCCAAAAGGCCUUCUUCUACGUCUGCGGCGACGCUGCCAACAUGGCCCGCGAAGUCAACAAUGUUCUGACUCAGAUCGUUGCCGAGAGCCGGGGCGUCUCCGAAGCCAAGGCGGAGGAGAUUGUCAAGAAUAUGAGGGCUGCCAAUCAGUACCAGGAGGAUGUCUGGUCAUAAAAGAUUGCGUGGCGCACAAGUAUAUUUAUACGUACCAUCUUCCUUGUGAACCAGUGGUCACAGAGAGAAUCGAAUUACUCCCCCCCCUUCUCUCUCCACACCAAGGAAAACAAGAAAGCAAAGAAGUAAACACCCAUAAAUACUUGUCAGAAUAAGGGAUAGGCGAAAUCUUUUCCUUUUUAUCGACCGCCAACACAGCCAUUUGCCGCCGUUCGUCCGUUUACCAAAGCCGCAUUGCACAAACAAACCUGGCAUUUCUUUUCAUGGAACAUUUGCUUGCCUUCUGUUUUAGAACAUGAAAGAACCGGCGCGAAGAAGAAUUCUUGGGUCGGACCUAGGAGUUUGUCUUUGUUAAUAUAUACUAGUAUGGGGGAGGGGAAGGAGGCUCGUAAUGCUGCCCACGGGCUGGGAUGUCUUGGAACUUUUAUUAAGGCCGAUGGAUGCCAAACGCCUGGCCGACAGGUGGGCGUCAAUGUCUUGCGUGGACAGGCAGGGUAUAUAGAAAUUGGGAUGAAUGGAUGGGUGGCUUGGAUAUAAGUUUGACGGCUCU